AUGAAUAAAAUCGGACAUAACCUCAACAAGACUGGCUAUUGCUGCGGAACCUGCAAUGCAACAGUGCAGCAAGAUGAGGAUUUGCCGUUUUGUGAUCAUUGUCAGCGAUUCUUCCACUAUGAAUGUGUCGACGCAGGGCCGGAGGUGAAAGAUAACUCCUGGUGUUGCCCCACCUGUGUUUCGAUCAAAGAGAACCAGAUCGCCCUCACCGCGGUUACUACGGUUCAGUCCACUGAAAAUCAACUCGGCGGUCUCCAAGAGAGCUUGAAGGAGCUAGAAGAGGAGGCAAAGCUUGAAGAGCAGAAGAUUGCAAUUGAGCGAGCUGUAUUUGCAAAACGUCUAGAGCUGCAGAAAAACCUACACCUUAUGAAACAGGAAGCAGAAAAGGAGAGAAUGCAAAUGCAGCUAACGUUCGAAAAACAGCAGUUGGAUGAGCAAUUAGCUAUUCAAAAAGCUUUUCAGAUUCAACAGCAGAGCAUGCGCGAUGAGUUUGAUGCUAAAUUUAAGGCAUUAAAAGUGAAAGGAGCCGCUAAACUUUGUCAUCUGAACUCUGAUACGCGCAAAGGACGAAGCAAACCCUCGAUGAAGGUCAACUGUUCGUGCGCAGCAACUACGGCUGACCCCCGCGGAGCUUACCCGAAGAACUCGACGCCGAACACAGAAACACCGUUACGAAACCCACUAACUUCGUUCAAUAACCCGUGUAGUAUCAGCCAUCUACAUGAAGAGGGAAUGGACAACAAUGAUGAAACCAGCUCGUCGAAACACGAAGAGGAGCAGGAAGGCGAGGAAAUAGAAAAUGUCACACACUUGAUCGGGCCGACGAAAGCUCAGUUAUCAGCUCAACAAUUUUUGGCCAGGAAACUUCCUAUCUUCACAGGGCGAUGCGAGGAAUGGCCCAUGUUCGUGAGUAGUUUUGAGACGUCGAAUCAAGCGUGUGGCUUUUCGAAUGUGGAAAAUCUAGCUAGACUCCAGGAAUGUUUAAAAGGAUCAGCUUUGGAGGCUGUCCGUAGUCGUUUGUUGCUGCCAGAUUCAGUGCCGAUGGUGAUAGAAACGCUUCGGUUAUUGUACGGAAGACCGGAACAACUGCUGAACACGCUUUUGAGUAAAGUUCGGAAAGCAGAUCCUCCGAGGUCGGAUCGGCUGGAAACGUUUAUAAAUUUUGGCAUUUUGGUUCAGCAGCUUGUCGACCAUUUAGAGGCCACCCAUAUGAACGACCAUUUAGUGAAUCCAAUGUUAAUAAGAGAAUUGGUCGAGAAACUCCCUUCCGGUUCAAAGCUUGAUUGGAUUCGUUUCAAGAGACAGCAACAAAACGUCACCUUACGUACAUUAGCUGAUUUUCUUUCGGACAUUGUAUCCGAAGCAAGCGAAGCGACACUGUUUGUGGAACCACAGUUGCAGUUUCGAACAAAUAAACCGAUAGUGCGGUUCAAGGAAGACAAGGGUUACUUGCAUACGCAUAGCAUUGUGAAAAAUAGCGGAUACACGAACAACAAGAAACCAUGCAAAAUUUGUAGUCGCACUGAUCACCGCCUUCGCAAUUGUGAGGAAUUUCGUAAGUUGAAAGUGGAGGAACGAUUAGAAACAGUGGAAAAAUCACAGCUAUGCAGACUGUGUCUGAAUGAGCACGGUUCAGCCCGCUGUAAAUUGAACUUCAAGUGCAACGUGGGCAACUGUAAAGAACGACACAAUACUCUUUUACAUACGGAUAAUCCUGAAGCAUUUACAAACUGCAACACUCACGAUGUUCGCGCAACGCAACCGGUGAUUUUCAGGAUGGUUCCCGUCACGCUACACAACGGAGGCAAAUCGAUUGAGAUAAUUGCCUUUCUAGACGAAGGAGCUUCGUAUACGUUGGUGGAUAGGUCUAUCGCUAAUUACUUGAACGUACGAGGAACCGUUCAACCUCUGCGUAUUCUGUGGACAGCGGGUGUUUCAAGACUAGAAAAGGAAUCACAGAAUGUGGAUCUGUCGAUUUCGGCGAAAGGUUCGUCAACUAGAUUUCACAUAAAAAACGCCCACACGGUGAACGAGCUGAAGCUCCCAGAGCAAACAAUUCAUUUCGCGGAUGUAGUUAGGCAGUAUGGGCAUCUGCAUGACCUACCCGUGACUGAUUAUCGAGGAAUUCCAAAAAUUCUUAUCGGUCUAAAGGACCUACAUUUGUACGCUCCGCUCGAGACACGCAUUGGUGAUGCUGGGGAGCCUAUUGCUGUUAUGUCUAAGCUUGGUUGGACGAUAUAUGGCCCCCACGGAAAAGGUGUAUCGGACGUUAGUUUCGUUGGUCAUCACGCUUGUUACAGCGUGUCAAAUCAAAAUCUUCAUGACCUUCUGAGAAGCCAAUAUGCUCUCGACGAAACAGGCAUUUCAAUGGCCCUACUUCCAGAGUCAGAUGAGGACAUUAGAGCAAGAGCAAUUUUAGAGAAGACUACAGUACGAAAUGGGAACCAAUUCGAGACAGGAUUGUUAUGGAAGGUUGAUGACCCUAGCUUUCCUGAUAGCUACAGAAUGGCAUUCAGCAGGUUGAAAUGUCUCGAAAGGAAACUGUUGAAGAAUGAGGCAUUAUAUGAAAACGUUCGACAACAGAUAGUGGAAUACCAGCAAAAAGGUUACGCUCAUAAGGCCACACCAAAAGAGCUAGCCAUACACGAUCGGAACAAAGUCUGGUAUUUGCCUUUGAAUAUCGUAUUGAACCCUAAGAAACCGGAAAAGGUACGCUUGGUUUGGGACGCGGCUGCCACCGUAUCUGGCGUUUCAUUAAAUUCCAAAUUGCUCAAGGGUCCAGACAUGCUCACACCCCUUCCCACAGUUCUAUGUCGAUUUCGAGAGUUUGCGGUCGGAUUCGGUGGGGACAUCAAAGAGAUGUAUCACCAGUUGCGUGUACGGAAAGAGGAUACAUCUGCUAAAAGAUUCCUUUUCCGGAAUGAUCCUGCGGCUGAACCGGACGUCUACAUUAUGGACGUCGCCACGUUCGGGGCGACUUGCUCCCCGUGUGCUGCGCAAUUUGUUAAAAAUAAGAAUGCGGCUGAGUUUGCGGAGCAGUUCCCUGAGGCAGCGAAAGCAAUUGUGGAGAAUCAUUACGUCGAUGAUUAUUUCGACAGUGCAUCGACGAUUGACGACGCUAUACGGCGUGCAAAAGAGGUCAGAUUUAUUCAUUCAAAAGCUGGUUUUGAGAUCCGCAAUUGGAUGUCUAGCUCCAUUGAAGUUAUCAGCGCGUUAGGUGAAACGACGAUUGACCAACAUGUACACUUCAACCAAAAUAAAACGACGGGUUACGAACGGGUUCUGCGCAUCGUAUGGAACACUGGCACCGACGCAUUUACAUUCUCGGGCAGAAUGAGGGAUGAUUUGUUACGAUAUCUGAACGGUGAACAACGGCCGACGAAAAGGAUGGUAGCAAGCUGUAUGAUGAGCCUGUUUGAUCCCCAAGGUUUCUUAAUCCCAUUUACAAUCUUUGGCCGAAUUUUGCUACAGGACUUGUGGCGUACUGGCUGUGAGUGGGAUGACGAAAUAAAUGAUGAUGCGGUGGAAAAAUGGAGAUGCUGGGUCAGUAGGUUGCAAGAAGUUGAGGAAAUACGGAUCCCACGAUAUUACUUUCAAGGUGGACUCAAUUUGGACUAUACGACUCUACAGCUGCAUGUUUUUGUAGAUGCAAGCCAAAAUGCAUACGGAGCCGUCGCUUAUUUCCGCAUUAUGUCUACAUCUGGACCCAUCUGCUCUUUAGUAAUGGCCAAGUCAAAGGUCGCACCAUUGAAAUUGUUAUCGAUACCUCGAUUGGAGCUGAUGGCAGCACUGUUAGGAGCAAGACUAAUGAACUUCGUACACGAGAACCACACUUUGGAAAUAUCGGAGCGGUUCAUUUGGUCGGAUUCACAGGUUGUACAUUCUUGGAUACAAUCCGACCAACGCAAAUACAAACAAUUUGUCGCCUUUCGGGUUGGAGAGAUUCAUAGUCUCACUAAGCUUUGCGAGUGGCGCCAUGUGCCCUCGAAAUUAAACGUAGCAGACAUGGUUACGAAGUGGGAUAGAAACCAUAGCUGGCGAUCGGAUGGGCCAUGGGUUCGUGCACCUGACUAUCUCUACCAACUAAAGGAGGCUUGGCCAAACCAUAAGAAAGUAGAACCCGAAACAAUAGAGGAGAUGCGUGCUGCUGUUCUUUUCCACGGAAUCUUCGUUCCAGAGUCUAUGAUAGAUCCACGUCGAUUCUCUCGCUGGACGGUGAUGGUGAGAGCAGUCGCUUAUCUGUUUCGAUUCAUCUCCAAUUGUCGUAGAAGAGUGAAAGGUCAGGCCAUCGAAGCGCUUCCCCUCUCAAAUAGGACAAAAGGACUGGUAAAAAGGCUUGUACCAGCUAUCCCUGCCUCGCUGAGAAGAGAAGAAUAUCAAAAGUCAGAAACGCAUUUGUGGCGUACGGUACAGGCAGAUUGUUUCCCAGACGAGGUUAGAAUACUACUAAAAAAUCAGGAACGUCCGCAAGAAGAGUGGGUACCACUUGACAAAAACAGUCAACUCUAUAAGCUAUCCCCGUUCCUAGACGAACAAAAGGUAUUGCGAAUGGAAGGUAGAGCAGAGCGCGCCACUAUGGUUCCUUUUGAAAUUCGAUUCCCUAUCAUCCUGCCAAAGGAUCAUCCAGUGACGAGUAAACUUCUAGCUUUCUAUCAUCAGAAGUUGGGUCAUGCAUACAUGGAAACAGCGGUAAACGAACUUAGGCAACGAUUCGUCAUUCCUUGUUUGCGCGCUGCUUUAAAGCGAGUGAUGAGGGCUUGUGUAAGGUGUAAAGUGGCUAAAAGUCAACCAGCUAUACCCAGAAUGGCACCCCUUCCGGUCCAACGUGUAACUCCUCACCGUCGACCAUUCAGUUACACGGGCGUUGAUUAUUUCGGACCAGUGACAGUAACAGUAGGUUGUCGCAAUGAAAAACGCUGGGUUUCUCUCUUUACGUGUUUAACAACGCGUGCCGUUCACCUCGAAGUGGUGCAUAGUUUGAAAACUCAAUCCUGUAUAAUGGCUAUCAGGAGAUUUGCGUGCCGUAGAGGGAUGCCGAUCGAAUUCUUUAGCGAUAACGGUACAAACUUUCAUGGCGCGAGUAAAGAAGUAGAACGAGUGAAUGCAGAUUGUGAAGAAACGUUUACCGAUGGUCGAACAAGAUGGAAUUUUAACCCACCCUCAGCACCACAUAUGGGCGGGGUGUGGGAAAGACUUGUAAGGUCAGUAAAAGAAGCAUUGAAGGCAUUCGACGAUGGGAAGAAGCUAACCGACGAAGUGUUGCUGACUAGCUUGGCCGAAGCGGAGGAUCUCAUCAAUACGCGUCCGCUGACUUAUUUGUCCCUGGAAUCAGGAUCGAUGGAGGCACUUACACCCAACCACUUUUUGCGAGUGGUAACAGCCUAUGAUGGAGGACAAACUACGGGACCAACCAGCGAAGCUGCAUCACUCCGGGACAACUAUAAGCGGUCACAACUAUUAGCAGACAGCUUCUGGAAGAGGUGGAUUGCGGAAUAUAUUCCUACACUCAAUCAAAGAUCGAAAUGGUAUACAGAAGCAGAACCAGUCGAAUGCGGUGACUUGGUAUAUAUAGCAGAAGGAGCGAAUCGGAAGUGCUGGGUUCGCGGUUUAGUUAUGGAGGUAUUCAAAGGAUCUGAUGGACGGAUCCGACAGGCAAUGGUAAAAACCAGUAAUGGAGUACUAAAAAUACCGAUUAGCAAACUAGCGGUGCUGGAGGUUCAGGAACGUAAAUCUGGCGCUAAGGAGGAGCUACCCAGAGUUACGGGGCGGGGCUAUGUAAGCACCGUUGGGCACACGUCGAUCGACCCUAUUGCUAAUAAUGCAGUACUAGACAGGCAUUGA